GCGCGCGGUGAGCAGCAGCGUGUCAUUCAACAUCAACUAAAUCACAUUAAAAAGAACAAACUACACCACAUUUUGUUUGGCUGUUUUCUGUUUGUUAGUAAAGUUCAGCACAUUUCACAUUUGAAGAAAAUGCGCAACAGAAGCACCCGGAAUUCUGCUUUGGAUCAGUCCAAUUCUGCUGAAGGCCAGUCGGACCGUACCACCUCCGCCAGCAGCAGGGGGUGUUUGUCCAAUGCAGCACUUGAAGGCCUGAAAUCGGAGUGCGCUGUGGUGUGGUUCGACCGUGUCGUGUACGAGCGAGCAGAGAGCAUGUACUAUAUCCGACUUCAGGAGCGUCCGAAUGGCACGACUGCUCCCGCGAGCUCUACCAUUUCCUCUCGAAACAAGGAGAUGUGUCACCACGGAGACCAAGAGGCCUGUCACCAUGUCGAUCAGGCCAUACGGGUAAAUAAACCCGACUUUGACCAAGCCGAGAGCAAUUUUGUGGGACGCUUUCCAAAACAACAGAUCCAGUCAGUGACGCCAAGAUCUCUUCCACUACAGCCCGCCAGCCACCCCUCCCAGACACCAUGCGAUGAGGGCUACCAAUCACAAACUCCCACUCCUCGCACGCCAGCUUCAAAACCAAUCAAUGGCCUUCCUUGCCUGCAGCCGCCCUUAAUUGGGGUGUGGCUACAGAAGCCACUUUUUGAUAGAGCGGAGGCGUCUUACUAUCAAAACGUGUACGGUCGUAACCAGCUACCAGCCAACAAUGAAUAUUCCAACUCGGAACAUCGAAAUGACAUUGUGGCGAAUGAAUCAAAGCCCGCUGCUAUUCGUAGCCAGCAGAAUUCUGAUGAUGUCUCCGCCAAUCAAGGAACUGCGCAAUACUAUUUCCUGCAUGCAGACAGUGAGAGGGUGUGGCUUGAUCACGGACGCUUUGUGGAAGCGGAGACUCGUUUCUACGAAGGAGCUGCAGCAAGAUCCGUCAAAACGCCGAUUAACAAUUCUAGCAAUUUUUGGAAGAAAAUGACUGCAGAGCACUGUUUGGCGCAGGAGAGGAUCUGGUUCGAGAAGUCACGUUAUGAUGAAGCAGAACGGCAGUUUUACGAGAAAGUGAAUGGACCUACACAGCCCAAAAAGACAUCUCAGGACACUGGAGCUAACAGUAUUCUUCAGGACAUCGCUAGAGCGCGAGAGAACAUCCAGAAAUCUCUCGCUGGGCUGAAGACAACCAUGCAGCCAAGUAGAGGCCCCGCCCAUAACAUUUCAAACCCCUCCCACAUCGCCGCCCCUAGUGCUGGAGGAAGCGCUGCAGAUUAUGGAGAACUCGACGCACGCAUGAAGAACCUUGAACUAGAGAACCAGAGUCUACACAAAGUGGUGGAUGAGUUGCGCUCAGCUCUCAGUAAGAUGGAGAGUCGCGUCUCCGCUCUGGAGAAGAGAUCAUCAACACUAACCGUUAAUGGAACGACUCCCGUUGCUGCUCAGAAAUCUGCUCCGCCCCCUCAGAAAGCCCCGCCUGCUCUGGUGAAAGAGGAAGAGGAGGAGGAGGAGGAUGAUGAUGACAUUGACCUGUUCGGCAGUGAUGAAGAGGUGGACGAAGAGGCCGAGAGACUGAAAGAGCAGCGGCUGCAGGAAUACGCAGCGAAAAAAGCAAAGAAACCCGUCCUCAUCGCCAAAUCCUCCAUCCUACUGGACGUCAAACCUUGGGACGAUGAGACAGACAUGUUGAAGCUGGAGGAGUGCGUGCGGUCGGUGCAGGUGGACGGGCUUCUCUGGGGCGCGUCUAAACUGGUUCCCGUCGGUUACGGCAUCAAGAAGCUCCAGAUCAACUGUGUGGUUGAAGAUGAUAAAGUGGGAACAGACUUCCUGGAGGAGGAGAUCACCAAGUUUGAGGACUAUGUUCAGAGUGUAGACGUUGCGGCUUUCAACAAGAUCUAAUAAACACUCAGUCACAAACAUUCACACACUACCGCUGCCGGAUGAAUAUUGGUUAAUAAAAGAGCUCUAAAUGUGA